AUGGGCCCUGGCCAAGAGCACAUCAAAAAUCUUGCUACCAUCAUUGGUCAGCACCAGAUGACUGGAAAGUUCGCGGCCGAGCUACUCCACAAGCAUGAGGACACUCGGGCUGGCCAGGUCAAGCUCGAGGUAGAGCUCAAGACAAUGCCUGACGAACUGAUCAAACCUGUCCUUGCCGAAAUCGUUGACCCGAGCAAGCUCGAUGAAACGCACAAAGCUAUGAUUGGGAAAUGGAUGAAACCUGCCCAGUUCGACUCUCUUGACUCGAAUAACGUCCACGGAAUCGUCUUCAAGCUCAACACCGAGGGGAAUUGUCUGGUCCCUUUCGAAUUUGCAGAAGGCCCAAUCCCUGUGUCCAAGGAUGACAACACACAUGCCGAUUUUGUCAACGAUUUCGUCGACUACGUCAAGAGUAACAACCUAUCCAAUGUGAUUGGGCUUCAAUUCUUGGGGCCUAUUAAAGACGAUAGCCAGUAA